AUUUGUUAUAUGGUUGGCAACACUGACUGUGAUAAUAAUAAUAAUAAUUUGCAAAUUGCUUAUAAACUCGCCUAUGAUUAUUACGUAAACAUUUUGAAUAGCACAAUAAUUUUAAAACAUGGUUUAAGUAAUCAAGCACAUAAUAUAUAUUAUACAGUUAAUAAAUCGUUUUUAAGGUUAAAAUAGUGUUAUUAUUACUUUUAUUUAUUGGCUACUCUUAUAAUGACGAAAAACAUGGUUUUAUCGGCUGCCCAGUGGACAAAAUAUUUCCAAACAACAAAAUGCUUUGAAAAAGCUCUACAAAAGGUUAAAGUAAUAACAGUUGAGAACGGAACUGCACAAGCAGAAUUAAAAGUUGAGGAGGAGCACACUAACGUUAUGGGGGGUUUACAUGGGGGUCUAUCGGCCACUUUGGUGGAUUGCAUUUCGAGUUAUGCAUUGCUUUCAGAUAAAAAUGGGGGCACUGCGAGUGUAUCAGUGGAUUUACACACAACGUACCUUAAAGGAGCCAAAAUUGGAGAUGAAAUCCUCAUAGACGCCAAGACGAUUCGUGCUGGCAAAACUUUGGCUUUUUUGGAAGUUUUAAUUAAGAAUAAAGCCACAGGGGAUCUACUUGUCAAAGGUUCACAUACAAAGUAUAUAUUAAGAUCGUAAGACAAUUUUAAAUAAAUUAUAAACAAUUUAGAUGAAA